AUGCAAACGUCCGAAGAAGGCAAAUAUUUAAAUUUAUCGUCUGGCUACAACUCCGCGGGUGUACUGGAGAGUAUUGGAAAUGGAAACGAAUCUCAUGACUUGAACAAGACCCCAUGGCCGAUAAAGUUUUCUACUGAGCAGGACUGGUCUCCAGCUACAACGUCCAAUGAGGCAUUCCAAACAUCAACUUUCAGGUUUAACGGACAGUUUCAUUUCGAAUACGACACACCAUCUUACUCCCCGGACAGUCUUGAUAGCUUUCAUCCUGGUCAGAGACAACCUGAUCAGCAUCUUCUUCAAAAUAUUAAUACCACAACCGGCAGUUUCGAAUAUCCUCACAGUAUACCUACUUGGCAACUCAUGUCUUUGUCUAAUUCUGGAACAGAAGCGAUUUUAAAUUGUUGCGAAACUUUUGACCAAGGUGUGGAAGACGUUUCAUUAAACACUCCGAGCCAGGAAAGUUCUAGCCCUGGGACAGGACUAACGUCACAGCCGUCUAAGUUAUUUCUCGAGGAUCACCGUGGAAUCUAUCUCGACUCCACAGGACUUUUGACACCACCUACUUCAGGGGAGCUGCACCGGGUCCCGGACAGCAAAAUGAGAUCUCGCGCUCAGCAGCGACGAGCUAAGACACCAAUUCGUUUGGGGAAACCAGGCAACGAUUGUGUUUUCACGCCGCCGGGUUCUCAUAACGACGAUAGGUUUGAAUUAUCCCAAGAGCUGAUCAAGCGGCUUCCCUCACCCAGACCCACAAAGAGGAAUAUUAUGUCGGAUCCUCUCGAGUCAAAUCAUCUCGCAUGCCAAACUUAUGAACAAUGCGAAUAUACCAAAUCUGAAGAUAUACAAAAAAAGAACGAGAAAGUUAGAGAAGAGGACUCGCACUUGGGACCUUCGAGUGUAACCACCCAGAAAACAUCGAGUUCGAACGGCUCGUCAUUAAACCACUUGGUAAAUACCAACUCGGAGGGUUCAUAUAGCUCAUUAAAUGUUUCGUACGAUUACACCGCGACUGCUUAUUCCGUUUAUGAUUCACCAGCGAAAUGGAACCUAGCUUCGCUAGCACCUAACCCAAGAUUCGCGAACACGCGCCAUCUACUCCACAAGCUGAAACUCCAAUAUGAUGAUGAGACAGCUGGAGGAACGGCAGAACUGCCCCCAAACCUGUUAUACGGACGUGAAUAUCCGCCAUCUACUACAAACACUGAAGGAGAAUUAUCUCCUUACAUGGAUCUAGUUGAUACUGUCCCCGUAGUCAAGGAAACAAAUCCUCUUCACCCUCAGGAACUGUUUGGGGCUGGGCCGUCACGUCAUCGCCCCUACCCAUACCCUUUUAUUAUCGACGAGGGAUAUCAAAGUUUGCAACCGAGUGAAGUGCUUUCUUGCACAUACGAAGACUCACGGAUCGGGGACAUAGAUACCCCGCCCCCAAGACCGCCACCUGAUCCAGAAACCAGCCUUUCCGAGCCACCAGAAGUAUCUGAUCCCAUAUAUGAAAUAAAGCUACCCCCUUCCACAGAGGAAGAUGAUUCUGGCUAUCAAGAAGAAAAGGCUGUGAAGGUAGCAGCUCUAUACAUCUUGAUUCAGUACUUUCUGCUUCGCGAAUAUCAUCUGAAAUCGCAAUCAGCCUCUACGACGCCGUUUUCUAGACCGCCUUCUUCAGCUGAGAACUACCCGGAUUCCCAAUCUGAGCAAUGUGAUGAUUUAGAAGAUCAAGGAGACAGCGGAAGAAAAUGUGACGGCUAUACAGAGAGCUCUGCAGAGACCGCUGGGAUUGAGAGUCGACAAACGCAAGAAUCCCGUGUAAAUCCGCACAAGCGAAAGAGGGACGACCAAGAAGAGGGGGGUAGAGAGGAUGAAGGUGAUCAAGGACCGAACAAGAAAAGAAGCAAAAACGUCGACCUAAACUCACUUGGCUCUCGUCUUGCCUGCCCGUUUGCAAAGGGGAAGCCUUCAAGCCAUUUAGCAUGUGCGCUGAUUGGACGACAAGACCUAGCAGGUGUCAAGGAGCACCUAAAACGCAACCACUUUGAGAAGAAGCUUCCUCCAGAAAUUCGCGCUUGUAGAAGAUGGGAUCAAGUCUUCCGCGUGUGUAUCACAGAUUGGGACGACCGCAAUCCCAUCCCUAGUCCCUAUCUUAGUAUCGGCUUUGAAAUUCUCCGGCCUGUUAUUGGUUUACCGUUACCGGUGGCGGAAAACCUAACAGUUGGUUGUGAAACACCCCGGCAGACUGGUAUAAAUAGCAUGACCCAUGGCAAUACUACGAGCCCAACGGCGGGACAGGCUUUCAGUGGGACUACUAUAGCGCCCCAUGCUCCCUCGACGGUAAACCAACCGCCGGCCGGUGAAGGGCUCGAAGGCAUCGUACAAGCAGAAAACCCAUACUUUCCCCAACCACUCUCCGGAGAACCCCAAAAUUCAAUAGCUGUCGGUGAUACAUCCGUCCAAAACAAUCCAGAGCUACCAUAUCAGCCGAAUCUAGCAGGCCAGUUUGAAUUCCCUCGAGAAUUCAGCGAAUGGGUGAAGCCUAGGGCAGAUCCACAUAUAUCAUGGCCACCAGGUCCUGAGUUAGCAGAAGCGUUUGAUGGUGUACCGCAAUAUCUUUUAGGCAACUAUGGCAUUGACAUGAACCUUGCACCCGCGGAUCUCUACCCAGUGUUAAAAACUGAAUUGAAUAUUCCCCCUACCCUUUCAUCACACUAUGGCACAGCACCUAGUACCGCCCCUCCAAGAGCCGCAUUCCCUCCAACGCCAAACCCAGGGAUCAACACGUCUGCAUCAUUUGUGUCGCCGAAUUCCUCAGCGUAUACUCCGAGCCUUACGCAGAGAAGCACCCUAUAUCUGGCUCUACGGAGCCCCAUGGGCCUAAACAGUUUGACUUUGACAGCUAUGAGACCUUCCUCCAGUUUUUCGAGCCCUGGAUAUUAG